CCCCCCGCCCCGCGGGCCGCCCCGCCCCGCGGCUUCCUCUAGGGCCGCGGGCACUGAGGCCGCACAGGGCAGAGGAGCAGGAGCCGGCGAGCAGGCGGUGGCGGCGGCUGCGGAGGCGAUGGCAGGGAAAGAAUUGGAGCGAUGCCAGCAGCAGGCAGAUGAAGUGACGGAAAUCAUGCUCGACAAUUGCCAAAAGGUCAUGGAGCGGGAUGGCAAGCUGGCAGAACUGGAGCAGCGCUCAGACAAGCUCCUGGACAUGAGUUUGGCCUUCAGCAAGACAACCAAUAAUCUAGCCCAAAAGAAGCGCUGGGAGAACAUCCGGUGCCGGGUCUACUUGGGGCUGGCAGUGGCUGGUGGCCUACUCAUCAUCCUGAUUGUGCUGCUGGUCACCUUUCUUCCGACGAGCGAUGGGGACAGUAGCCAACCAUAGGACUUGGAUGCAGGAACUGCCUUACGAACUGGGAACUGACCCGGCCAGGCCUGGAGGAGAGGCCGAAUGACUGCACAGGCCUGUUCUGGUCUCCAGGGAAUCCUGGUGUUUGUGGCUGUCUAGGCCAGCCCACUGAGUGCCGAAGGGCAUCCUGGAUGUGUGCACCUCUGCAUCUCCCGUUAUGUCAUAGACUGGCCCUUGAGGGCAGCCUGCUGCACUGGCCUUACUAAGCUGCACCGCUGGAGCUGAGUAAAAGCUGCUGUUUGGUUAAAA